CUACAGUGUCGCUCCUCGUGUUCGUGUGCGUGUGGAAGUAAACAAGACAGCGUGAUGAAGGUGGUCACCGAAGGAGAAGGAAAAAAGAAAAAAUACAACAAAAACAAGAAGAAAGCAUGGAGGAAGAAGGCCGAUAUAUCGGAUAUAGAGGCAAUAUUGGACGAUGUAAGACGAGAAGAAAGAUUUGGAGGUCCACUGGAUGAGAGAGAAGAUGAGGACCUUAUGUUCUUGGAUACUGGUGAUUAUGAAACUGGAAGUGGUACUGAUAGCGACAAAAAAAAUGCAGCCGUUGAGUUGGGUUUCCAAUUGGACACGACCCCAGGAUCGUCUGCCCCCAAGAAGCGGGUUGAAACUUUUAAGCCAUCUAAAAAGCCUGCUAUUAAGGACCCAAUCAAGGCCUUCAAAUUUAUUGAUGGACUUCAAGGAGCAAAAGUUCCUAUAAAGCCAAGAAUAAAGGCUGGUGUUGUGACAGCAGCCAUGCAGGAGAAGGCAAAAAGAAUAGCAGAGGAUCCAAAGACAGCAAAAAAGUACCAGAAGAAAGUGGAAGACAUCAGAUCGAGUUUGAUAAGAAAACAUCGUGUGAAGGUGAUCAACUUUAAGUCCAAGAAUAAGAAGGAUAUUUGGGAGGAGACUGAUGAUACAGUCAAGGAAUGUUAUGACAAGGGUCUUGACGAAGAUUAUUUAGAUAACAUAGCAACUUACUACAAGGCUCAGACAAAGAAGGGUCAGAGAGUCGCAGUUCCUUCACACAGACUAAAGAAACCUUCAGCCCACCCAGCAGUUCCAUUGCCCGUUGCAGGAAUGUCAUACCAUCCUACAUUUGAAGAUCACCAAGAGGCUUUGCGAGAGGCCGUGAAGGAUAUAAAGAAAAAGCGUAGAAUAGAAAAAAGAAAUGCCAAAUAUAGCCCAGCAGAAUUAAAAAGAUUAAAAUCGAAAUUCAGAGCUGCACAGAAAAAUGAAUCUUGGUCGGAAGAAUUAAUUGAAACGCAUUCCCUUGCUAAUGACAAGAUCCAUUACUCUGGUGAUGUUGAAGAGAAGAAGAAUGAACAAAAGAGUGUUAAAAUUGAGAAACAAACAAAAGGCAAGAAAGGUGGAAAUAAGAAGGGUAUUGUCAAGGAGGAAGUAAGUGAAAAUGCAGAAUCUGAUUCAAACAUUGUCAAAGAGGAAAUGAAAGAUCUGGAGGCUGAAGAUCAACACAUUGACACUGAUGAUAAUGAAGAGAUUGAUGAAGAUGACGUUGAUGAAGAGGAUAAAGGAAUGGAAGAUGACUCCAAUGAAGAGAAUGACGCAGAGCAAGAUGACCUUGAUGAAGAGAUUGAAUCGGAAAAUGACCUUGAUGAAGAGAGUGAAGUGGAGGAAGAUGAUGUUGAUGAAGAGAGUGAAGUGGAGGAAGAUGAUGUUGAUGAAGAGAAUGAAGUGGAGGAAGAUGACGUUGAUGAAGAGAAUGAAAUGGAGCAAGAUGACCUUGUUGAAGAGAAUGAAAUAGUGCAAGACAACAUUGAAGAUAAUGAAGUAAUGCAUGAUGAAAUUGAUGAAGAGAAAGAAGCAGUGCAAGACAACAACCUUGAUGAUUCUGUGAAAAAGGAAGAAGUAGACAAUGAAAAAGAGAAUGUACUUCAACCAAAGACCAGAACCAGGAAGAGAGGAAAGAGGAAGAAGAAAAAUAAGGAAGCAAACGGAGUAACAGUAAAUGGUAAUAUCCUGAAGAAAGGGGAAACAAAAAUGAGCAAGAAUGGAAAGGGAGGCACAGAAAGAGAGAUAUAUAAAAAUCGUAAGACAAAGGCCGUACAAAUGGGAGUGAAACAAAAUCAGGAAAUUAAAGAAAAGGAAAUCAUAACUGUCAGUGCUUUACAGAAAGGUUUAAUUCAGCCAAAGAAGAGGACAGAAAAUUUCAGGAAAGAUUUUAGAAAGACAGAUCAGACAAGGGCUGUACAAAAUAGAAAUGUAAUGCAUGGUCAAGAAAUUAAAGAAAAAGAAAUCAUAACUGUCAGUGCUCUACAGAAGGGUCUAAUUCAGCCAAAGAAAAGGAAGAUGGAAAAUGUCAGGAACGUUAUUAGACAGCCAGAAGAGGGAGAGAAUGUACACGGUGGGGAAGCAAAGCUGACAAAUGGAGUAAAUAAUAAACCAGCCGUUGAGAAUAUGGAAUAUGUUGAGACUCGAAGGAAAAGAGGAAGGAAGAGAAAAGAAGCAGGAGGUGGGGAGACAAAGAGCAUAAAGGUGAAAAAGACGGAGAAUGUACAAGAACAUAAAACAAAUGUGGAAAAGAAAGAUACUGUAGAGAAUAAAGAAAAUGUUUCGGCACAAAAGAAAAAAGAAUUAAAGGAAGAAAAUGGCAAUAAUGAUGAGACAAACAGUGUAGAAGGAGAAAAGACAGAGGAUGUGACCUGGAAAAAGACCAGAAGGGGUGGAAAGAAGCACAAGAAGGGUGACCAAAAGGAGGAAGAGGAGGAGCAGGUUGAAGAACCGGUAAUCAAGAAAACAAGUCACAAGAAGACAGAAAAGCAAAGAAAACUUGAAAGAAUGAAAAAAUACAAGAAGAGCAUGUGGGAGAAAAGAAUUAAAGAAAGGGAUAGAGAAAGACAAAUUGAGCUUGUUCCUGCGUACCUGGAUGCCCUGAGGGACAGAACACUCAGAAAUAGAGCACGUCAAGACCGGAAGAAAUUGGUUAAAAACGAAAAGAAAUUUGCAACACGGCGUUUAGCUCCAUUAAGGUUCAUGGCUGAGGACAUCACAGUCUGUGAUGGAGAUAAGUUACCAGGCAGUAUUCGAAGGGUGAGGCCCGUUGGGAAUCUGUUUCAUGAACGCGUUAAGCAUUUGCAACGAAGAAAUAUUAUUGCACCAGGUGUUGACAAGCUGUAUGGGAAAAAGAGGAAUUUGAAGAAGAUUAUCCGUCGCAAUUAUAAGGAUGACAGAACAAUGAAGAGCGUAUAUGACUAGAUGAAAAUGUUUACAUAUAGGAAUGUAUUUAUGAGCUUCUACAGAUACCUUUAUGUAUAUUUCAUGUGUUUAAUAAUAAUGUAAUGAUUGCAAAUGUGGUUCAACUUGAUAAAAAUAUCAUUUGAAUGUUUUUAUUUGAGCAGAGGUUCAUUACCAAUUUAAUUGAUUUAUUAUUAAUGUUAUUAUUAUUAUUAUUAUGAUCAGUAUCAUAAUCAUUAUUAUUAUUAUUAAUAUGUAUUUUUUUUAUUAUAUUAAUGUAUAAUGUAUUUUUAAUAUUGUUAUUGUUACAUUAUAUGAUAUUUAUUUUCUUG